CAGCUUCAGUCUUUCUCGUUCCUACAGGCAGCCAAGACGCGGUUUUAAAACGAAUCAAGCCGAGAAGAGGCUCUGAAAAAUAUUUCGCGUAGAUCGUUAUAGAAACGACGAGAGAGUUCCGCGAUAACGUCGAAUAGAAUACGUGAUUGGGGUUGCUUCGAUUUCGAGGAAUGAUGCAGCGUCCGAUCGGUUCGCGAAAAUCGUGAAAAUCGCACGAAUUUUCAUACGAUUCUCUCUUUAAGUGAACAGAGAGAAAAACCCGUCGCCUCUACGCAGGAGAAUCCCAGUGAUCAUGAGGGUUUUAAGCACCGUAGUAAUUUUCAUCAGUAUUGAUAUUCUCCUACCUGCAACAGACGGAGUCGAAGAUCGAGGCCAGAGCGGAUCGAAGAUCACUAAAAGGACGAAGCCUCUCGACCCGGAGGAGGAGGAUUAUUAUUACGACGAUGUAGACGAGCGGAACAAUCCAACGAAUGGAGCGCCAGUCGCGCCCCCAGGAUUUCUGAGUCCUUCGGUGAGAGAGUACCUGGAUCUUGGUAAAUCUAUACCCGGAAGGCCAGGAACGGAUUACCCGGUCCUAGGGACAGUGCCAUACACGAAUUUUUACUGCGACGAUCAAGCCUAUCCCGGUUUUUUCGCCGACGUUGAAACAAGGUGCCAGGGAUGGCAUUACUGCGACAUAGACGGAAGACAGGCGAGCUUUCUCUGUCCGAACGGUACUCAAUUCAGCCAGGCGGUAUUCGUCUGCGAUUGGUGGUUCAACGUCAGGUGCGAACUAAGCCCCAAGCUUUACGCCAUCAACAGUCGCCUCUACCAAAGGCCGACGGAAAGCCCGACGAGGCCGCAUCGUGUCAUAACCAAGGAGUUACUCGAAAACAUCUUCGUCAAGCGAAAAUGAGAGGAAAUCGAAGACGAUACGAAAGAAGGGAGAAUAAUUCGAACAAAGAUACGCCUUUUUACGAGAGGGUAAAAAACGGAAAAUUCAAAAUGGACAAAUUACUAUUCGAUUCUUGCGGUGAAUUAUUACGCGUAACGAUGUAACAUCCUUAGUACUUAAACCGUAUAUAUGGGGGUAGUCAAAAUAAACGUGAACAAGGUUUGACCUCGACCCCCAUCGAAUUCGUCGCCGAUUUAUUUCCUACUUCUACUCUACUCAAAUAUAAAUUUAAAAUUCUGAAUUGGUCGUAAAUUAUUUUUGUCAGAAUUUUCCGACAGUCGCAAGUCAUUGUUUUCGACGAAAAUGUACAAAAAUCGAUUUUUCUCAAAAACUACAUUCUCGACAAAUUUCAAACUUUUUUUUCAAUUUACUUUUGACUAAAAGGAAAACUUUCUUUUAUAUUUCACGUAAAAUCGCCCGGCCGUUGUUUGGUAGCUAAGUUUCUUUUUGCACAUCAAUAUGCAUGUUACACGGAUUUUAACAAUUGGCCGCAAUAUUUCUUCGAACCAUUAUUCAUCCACUCGGUAAAAAAACGACGACUCACGAUUUUCAGAAAAUUCUGAAAAAAUUAUUUUCGACCAAUUCAAAAAAAACAACCCAAUUUUCUUCCAGAUGCACAGUUUUCGAGUUCUGCAAGAUGAGAUCUAAAAUAACUACUCCUAAGCGACAGGUGGAACAAAAACUGAAAAAAUUAGAAAAUUUUAUACUUGGUGGAGUGGAAAUAUGAAAUAAAUCGGCUACCGAUUCAUUUGGACUACCUCGCAAGCAUGCACAACGAAUCGAAAGUAUUUUACUUCGUUUCAAUAUCAAAUUAUUUUUCGGCCCUCACGUUGUUCGUACAGGUUGUAAAAAAAAAAAAAAAAAAAAAAUUAGGGCAUUGAACUUUUGUAAUACGUCACGAAUCUUUGCAAUUCACGACAUCUGUUGUUGA